UACAGAUGGAAAGCGUGGACGUGGUGAAGUUCUCUGGAUGAGGGAUGUCCUGUUGUCCUCCCAUGAGCCAUGGCGUCCAUGCAUCGAUGCAGCACUUGGGACUGACUACUGCCCUCUUUGGGGCCUGAAUGGGUCCUGGGAUAUAGUAGAGAAUGCCAACACCUGUUCUAAUGCUUCCCUAAGAGUCAAGACUUCCUGUUCUGGGAAGAAGUGGUACCCAAGCCCUCAAAACCCUUGAGGCCUCCCUGGAAAUCCAGAUGCAUCGCAGGUUCCCCAGAGUCUGAGGCCAGUACCAUGAUGGGGACAUCGCUGAAGGUCAUGUCUGAGCAGGGUAUAAGGAGGGCAGGGGGAUUGAGGGUGGCGAGGAGCAGAUUGGGACCCCUGGGCUCACCCAGAUGCUCUGACCCGUCCCCAGCAUCAUUGGUGUCAACAACGAUGAGUAUGGCUGGCUCCUCCCCAUGGCAGUUGACUCUGGUUAUAACCAGAAGGACAUGGACAGCAAGGCCAUCUAGGAUCUAUUGAAGAAAACAGUCAAGGAGAUGAUGCUGCCUCCUGGUUUUGGGGACAUGCUGAUGGAAGUGUACCUGGGGGAGAGUGAGGACCCCCAGACCCUCAAGGCCCAGUUCCAGGAGAUGAUGGCAGACGGCCUCUUUGUGAUGCCUGCGCUCCAAGUGGCCCAUCUUCAGCGUCGCCACGCCCCCGUGUACUUCUAUGAGUUCCAGCAGCGACCCAGCUACUGGGAGUACCUCAAGCCGCCCCACGUGAAGGCCGACCACAGCGAUGAAUUUCUCUUUGUCUUCAGAUCGUUUUUCUGGGGCAACCAAGUGCCCCUCACUGAGGAGGAGGAGCUGCUGAGCAGGAGGGUGAUGAAGUACUGGGCCAACUUUGCUCGCAGCGGGAACCCCAACGGCGAGGGCCUGCCGUACUGGCCCGUGUUCGACCAGGACGAGCGAUACCUGCAGCUGAACGUGCAGCCUGCAGUGGGCCAGGCCCUGAAGGCCCACAGGCGCAAAUUCUGGACCAAAUAUCUGCCCCAGAAGGUCCAGGAGCUGAUGGGGCCAGAGCAGAAGCACAAAGAGCUGUAGCCGCCUGUGUUAGGCAGGAGGAAGGGCUCAGGAGAAAGUGCCCUCACCACCCGCAGGGACUGCCGGCUGAAUCCUCCAUCCACGGCCAUCCACUCGGCCGGCCCAUUCAGCAUUCAUGCCGCAAACGUGCAUGCAGCUACAAAGGUCAAAUCAGAUACUUAGCGCUCUUUGCUUUAAGGAUCCUUGAACUCUGUCUUCUAGUUCUGUUGACAUACACGAUAAGGAGUAAACUUCAGUCACCCUACCGUGACCUAGAGCUCUACAACCUCUUGCUUCCAGCUGUAUUCUGGUAACUGUUACCCAACCUCUGCAGAGGCUUCCCCUCCUGCCUCUCCUACCCGCUGGUGACCACUGUUGUUCUCUCUACUGCUACGGGGUCAACUUGUGUAGCUUCUACAAGUGAGUGCAGGGGUCAGUGCUGUGGCACAACCAGUUAUGCCACAACCUGGGAUGCCGGAAUCCUAUAUGGGUGCAGGUUGGAGUCCUGGCUGCUCCAUUUCCAAUCGAGCUCCCUGCUAAUGGCCUGGGAAGCCAGUGGAGGAUGGUCCAGUACCUGGGCCCCUGCACCUGCAUGAAGACCUGGAGGAAGCUCCUGGCUCCUGGCUUUGGAUCAGCUCAGCUCUGGCCGCUGCAGGCAUUUCAGGAGUGAACCAGCGGAUGGAAGACCUUUCUCUCUCUCGGGCACUACCUCUCUCUGUAACUCUUUCAAAUAAAUAAAAAUAAGUAUUUAAAAAAAGUGAGU